ACGUCCAUGAGAAAAAUUUAUUGUACUAUGAACAAUUAUGAAAAAUUUUAUAAGAAGAAGAAAAGAUAUUUCACAAACUAAUACAAACUAGUAAUUUUGUUUGCAAUAAAAUUUUGAUAAAUUUAUUUAUUGUUUCAUUUGUUCAUAUUGAAUUUGGUUUAUUAUUUUUGAUUUAAGAUUCAUUCAAUAAAUCGAUACACAUAACAACUAAUAGUUUGUUUAUUAUUUUAUUUUUUAGAAAAAUCAAAUAGAAAAGAAUAUUUAUUUAAUUAUCUUUUAUUUAAAUGUUAUAUAUUUUUUUGUCUUGUUUUUCUUCUUUUAGAUGAUGAACACUGAUAUUAAUAGCAAAGCUACUAAUGUUGUUUUUAAAACUUCUAUUAAUCAUAAAACUAUUAAAAGUUCAUUAAAACAUCGUCGAGAUUCUUCAUCAUCAAAUGAUGAAAACUUACCAUCAACACCAGCAUACUGUUAUAUGAAAAGAAAACGAAAAGAUCUCGUAGGAGUACUUGAUAAUUCAUCAAAUAAACAUCAUAAACAACAUAAUAAAUAUGAUGAUGAAGAUAAUUUUCAUAGAAAUAAAUUUUAA